CUUCUUUUUUCUUUCCCCUUCUUUCUUUCUUUCUUACUCUUUUUCUUCUUAACUUUUAGUUGUACAUUUUUUUUCUCGGGAGACAGACCCACCGCCGAAAGCAAAUCAUGAGCCAUCGAGACGUGUAUAAUCCUUUGCUAUUUGAAAUCGCUUGGGAAGUUGCCAAUAAAGUGGGCGGUAUCUAUACGGUGUUGAAAACCAAGGUUCCUGUAACGGUCCAUGAAUUUGGAGCGCGCUAUUGCUUGAUAGGCCCUUUGUCUUACAAAACGGCUCCGAUGGAAGUGGAGGCUCUCGAGCCACCCAACGGGAAGAUUCGGGAAACUUUGAACGCGAUGGCCGAGCAUGGUGUCAAGUACCUCUUUGGUCGUUGGCUCAUUGAAGGCGCGCCGUAUGUGUUGCUGUUCGAUACCGGGUGUAUGUAUCAUAAACUUGAUGAGUGGAAAGGUGAUUUAUGGCGCUGUGCGGGGAUCCCCAGCCCACCCAGCGAUACCGAAACAAAUGAAGCUAUUUUGUUUGGUUAUCUUGUUACAUGGUUCUUGGGCGAACUUGCCCCAAAAUAUAACCAACCGUCGGAUCCUGCUAUCAUUGUGCAUGUGCACGAGUGGCUGGCGGGAGUGGCAAUUCCUUUGGUGAAGAAGCGUCGAAUUGAUGUGACCACGAUUUUCACCACCCACGCUACUUUACUGGGUCGCUAUCUUUGUGCUGGAUCAGUCGAUUUCUAUAAUAACCUUCGUGGCUUUGAUGUGGAUCAGGAAGCGGGUAAAAGAGGUAUCUAUCAUCGUUACUGUAUUGAACGUGCCGCCGCCCAUUGCGCCGACGUCUUUACCACCGUAAGCCACAUCACAGCUUAUGAAAGCGAACACUUGUUGAAAAGAAAGCCAGAUGGUGUUUUACCCAACGGUCUAAAUGUCGUCAAGUUCCAAGCCGUCCAUGAAUUCCAAAACAAGCAUGCUCUCAACAAGGAAAAGAUUAACGACUUUGUGCGCGGUCACUUUUACGGUCAUUAUAAUUUCGAUUUGGAAAACACGGUCUAUUUCUUUACGGCCGGUCGAUACGAGUAUCGUAACAAGGGUGUCGACAUGUUUGUGGAAUCGUUGGGACGACUGAACGAUCGGCUAAAAGCGGCCCAGUCCAACACCACCGUCGUGGCUUUCAUUAUCAUGCCAGCCCCGACUCACAGCUACAAUGUGGAAGCCCUCAAAGGCCAAGCCGUCACCAAGCAGUUGCGAGAAACCGUGAAUGAAAUCCAGGAUCGCAUUGGUCAUCGAAUCUACGAGAAAGCGCUUCGGGGAGAAAAACUGAAUGCAGAAGAUUGGAUCUCGGAUGAAGAUAAGGUGUUGCUGAAGCGUCGUGUGUUUGCCCUGAAACGACAGACCCUGCCUCCCAUUGUGACGCAUAACAUGGUCGAUGAUAACACCGACCCGGUCAUCGACCAGUUGCGUCGCCUUCAGUUAUACAAUAGACAAGAUGAUCGCGUCAAGGUCAUUUUCCAUCCCGAGUUCCUCAAUGCCAAUAACCCGCUUCUCGGUCUCGAUUACGAAGACUUUGUCCGUGGUUGCCAUCUUGGCGUCUUUCCCUCUUACUACGAACCUUGGGGUUACACUCCCGCCGAAUGUACCGUCAUGGGCGUACCUUCCAUUACAACAAACUUAUCUGGAUUCGGCUGCUUCAUGGAUGAAAACAUUGAAAACUGUGAAGACUAUGGCAUCUACAUUGUUGAUCGUCGGAUGAAAUCUGUGGAAGAAUCGAUCCAACAGUUGUCCGAGCAAAUGUUUAGAUUUUGCCAAAAGACGCGCCGUCAGCGUAUCAACCAACGUAACCGUACCGAGCGAUUGUCGGAUCUUUUAGACUGGAAACGAAUGGGCCUGGAAUAUAUCAAGGCACGCCAACUGGCCCUGCGUCGAUCUUAUCCGGAUUCCUUUGAUGACGACGAUGAAGAAGACGAACAGGAAGUUCAUGUCAAGAUCCCCAAACCCUUAUCGGCUCCCGCCAGCCCUCGUAUUCGUCAGCAUCUGAACGGUUUCUUUGACAAUGAUGACGAGGAGGAAGACCGUCUACCGAUUUCCAUCAAAAAAGAAUUCCCUGCCUUGCACCACGGCGCCGAUGAAAGUCGUGAGCAAGAGCUAUUGAGAGAAGGCGAUAUCCAAACACUCAAUAGGCUGACAUUGCAGGAUAAAAAGCAACAGCGUCAUCAUUAGAAUCGCCCCCCCUCCCAAAUAAAAAAAUGUGCCUCAUUUUCUUGCAAAACUAAAACCACAAAAAAAAAA